GGCUUCAUCAGUCGUCAGUGGGAGGCAAAGCUGUGACUCACGCCUGCGUGAAGAGACCAAUGGGCAAGCCGGAGCCUGAGAUAUAAAUAACGGAUGAAAAAAAAAAUAUAUAUAUUCUUAAGGGAGGAAGGGUCACUUGCGCGCCUCCGGAUGGGAUUUUAUUAGUGCGCUCCGUUGCCAUUCCGCCGUCGCCCGCCACUGGACAGCUCCCCGUCGCGCCUCUGGCUGCCAAUUGUAACAUCUCGUUGUAGUUUCCCUGGACUCGACAACCUGUGCGCCCGAGAGCCGUUGAAUUAUUUCCCGACGGGAGAACACACGGAGGACUGAUGGCCACGUCUGAACCGAGAACCACCGGCGGGGACCAGGACCCCAACUCCGCCAAUUUAAUACCUCCGUCCACAACCAACGAAUAUGCGUGGAUGCACGGAUGCACACGGAAACUGGGGAUGAAGAUUUGUGGGUUCCUGCAGAAGAACAACAGCAUGGAGGAGAAGGGGAGGCUCGCGGGCCACAAGAACCUGCUCGCGGGCGACAACAGUGACCGGGACGCGCGCUUCCGUCACACCGAGACCGACUUCUCCAACCUGUUCGCCAGAGACCUGCUUCCGGCCAAAAACGGAGAGGAGCCCACCAUACAGUUCCUGCUGGAGGUGGUCGACAUCCUCACCAACUACGUGAAGAAGACGUUCGAGCGCUCCACCAAGGUGCUGGACUUCCACCACCCCCACCAGCUGCUGGAGGGCAUGGAGGGCUUCAACCUGGAGCUGUCCGACCAGCCAGAGUCCCUGGAGCAGAUCCUGGUGGACUGCAGGGACACGCUCAAGUACGGCGUCCGGACAGGUCACCCACGCUUUUUCAACCAGCUGUCCUCUGGUCUGGACAUCAUCGGCCUGGCCGGAGAGUGGCUCACCUCCACUGCCAACACCAACAUGUUCACCUACGAGAUCGCGCCGGUGUUUGUGCUGAUGGAGCAGCUGACUUUGAAGAAAAUGAGAGAGAUGAUUGGCUGGCCCAGCGGAGAGGGCGAUGGAAUCUUUUCACCGGGGGGCGCUAUCUCCAACAUGUACAGUGUGAUGAUCGCACGUUACAAGUAUUUCCCAGAGGUCAAGACCAAGGGCAUGUCUGCUGCUCCCCGCCUUGUCCUCUUCACAUCCGAACAUAGCCACUACUCUAUAAAGAAGGCCGGCGCUGCUCUGGGCUUUGGGACCGAGAACGUGAUCCUGUUGAGCACGGACGAGAGGGGGAGAGUCAUUCCUGCUGAUCUGGAGGCCAAGAUCAUUGAUGCUAAACAGAAGGGUUACGUGCCACUGUUUGUGAAUGCCACAGCUGGCUCAACUGUGUACGGUGCUUUCGACCCCAUCAACGAGAUCGCUGACAUCUGUGAGAAGUACAACUUGUGGCUGCACGUGGACGGGGCAUGGGGUGGCGGACUGCUGAUGUCCAGGAAGCAUCGCCAUAAGCUGAGUGGAGUUGAGAGGGCCAACUCCGUCACAUGGAACCCUCACAAGAUGAUGGGCGUGCCUCUGCAGUGCUCCGCCAUUCUGGUCAGAGAGAAGGGGAUCUUGGCAGGCUGUAACUCCAUGUGCGCCGGCUACCUGUUCCAACCAGACAAACAGUACGAUGUCACGUACGACACAGGGGACAAGGCCAUCCAGUGUGGCCGACAUGUCGACAUCUUUAAGUUCUGGCUCAUGUGGAAGGCCAAGGGCACCAUCGGGUUUGAGCAGCACAUUGACAAGUGUUUGGACCUGUCUCAGUAUCUGUACAACAAGAUCAAGAACAGGGAGGGAUAUCAGAUGGUGUUUGACGGAGUGCCCCAGCACACCAACGUUUGUUUCUGGUACAUACCACCCAGCCUGAGGGGCAUGCCAGACGGUGAUGAGCGGCGAGAAAAACUCCACAUGGUGGCGCCGAAGGUCAAGGCCAUGAUGAUGGAGUCAGGGACCACCAUGGUGGGCUACCAGCCUCAGGGCAACAACGUCAACUUCUUCCGAAUGGUCGUCUCCAACCCCGCGGUCACUCAGUCCGACAUCGACUUCCUCAUCGAUGAGAUCGAGCGGCUGGGUCAGGACCUGUAGACGUCGGCCAUCGCUGCUGCCUGCUGGUCGCUUGUCCAUUGUAUUUCCAAUGCAAAGUGUCAGUGGGCUGAAACACUCGCAGUGCUGCAGACAGAGCAAUGAGAGGAGGUCUUAGGUUCUUUCUCUCCGGUCGUUCUUUGCCCGAAGCAUUACGACUGUUUCUCCAACUGAAGAGAAACUAGCAACAAGAGAGACUCUGAGUGUCUCAUUAAAUUAACUGUCCCACAUCGUUCCUUCAAUAGAGAAAAUAUGUAAACCAGUAUCUGAAGUGUGUGUGCGCGUGUGCGAGCGUGUGUUUGUGUGUAUGGUUCCUCGUCCAAUGCAGGUUGCUUAGGAACGUCUGUUGUGUUUUCUUGAGUACGUGUCAAUGUGUUUAAACGACGAAACACAGAAAAGCACAGAUCAAAAUAUUUAAAAGUAUCAUAAAUAAUUAUGUUGUUUCAUACAUUUGCUUGCUACACACAAUUGAAUCAUUAGUUCUUUGAGCGAUAUAUAUAUAUAUAUAUACUUGUCCUAAACUGGCGUCCGAGCCCCUGAAGCAGUGUGUGUGUGUGCAGGUGUGCAUGUGGCACACUGAGUGUGUCCUGUCAUGUAUUUUAGUAUAGCACUGUGUUAAAAAUGUGCACACCACAGGUACCAAGUGUAUUCAACUGAGAGGUUCAUCUCCAGCAGCAGACCCACACUCUGCAAUAUUAUUAUUAUAAGUCUAAGAUUUAAAAUGUCUGCAGCUAUCCCGAAUCCGUGACAACAUUGAGCCUGUGAAGCACUGGCUCCUUCUCUAUUUCAUGCAAUCACGUGUUGGCCAUAUGUGUUUAUAUAGCAUUGUUAAAAGUAUGAAUAUUUGAAUUAUAAAAGUACAAACAUGCAUUUCAUUUUCACUGUCUGUGGAUUCAGGUAUUUUUCGGUAAAUGUGUCUUCAUGCGUAUUACACAGUAAUACAUUUGUAAAUGUAAUCACGGGAACUUGAGUAGUUUAUUUAUAGUGAUUUUGUCAGCCAAAGAAAGAGAAUCGGGAACAGAGCAAUCCAUUGUCCUUCAUAAAUAUAUAUAUAUAUAUAUAUAAAUAUAAAUAUAAAACUUCUUAAAGAUUAUAGGUGUUUGUAAAAUGUUACCUAUUGACCCCACAACUGCGAUGCAAUUUCUAAUGUGUGUUUCUGUCUGUGAUUGUGAGUCUUUUGGACUGAAUGUUUUGAGAUGACUAACUGGCCUUCUGAUGAGAUUAACAAUGACGUCUAUAUAUUCCUCUGGCAGUCAAGCAGGUCUAUUGUUUUAGAGAGAAGCACAAGGAUGUGGGAAUGUACUCUCCUCUCGAGACUGGGAAGAAGGGAUUGUUGUGUCUGUCUGAAUCCUAAUGCAUUUACUGUAAUAUAGUAUAUUUAUUGUAAUAGAUAUUACCCGUAUUUUCAGUGUUAUUGGAGCUCAGUAGAAUAUCUCACAUAAAGAGUUCCUGUUUAUGUCUUUGCACAAUGUUCACCUUUCUUUCUUCCAUUGUAAAUGGAUGUGUAGAGAGUUAGGUUAAAGAAGAAUUUAUGGUAUCUUGGGACCAUAUGUAAAUGGCACAAUUGCAUAAAUCAUAUUUAAGGUAACCCGUGUACUGUAUGUGGCCAGUGACUCCUGUACAUGACCAAUCCCAGAUGUGAGGGGUUGUUUCCCAGGCACUUUUCUGUAGGCACUUUAACAGAAUCAUGCCAUCUCGAAAGAGAUCUUUAAUAAAGUCUAUUAAAGGGGAAAA